AAUCACCCUCUUUCAGUUGUUGUUGAGCGUCUUCACUCUUUCACCAGGAAGUAAAUCUCAUGUACGUGCAAGUCUAAAAGUCAGAUACCGAGCAGCACCAUCAACCAGGAAGUAACAGUGAAGCCCGUACCGCCGCCCAGCGGCUUCAAUGAGAGGCGAAGUGCAAGCGGCGGCUGCCUUCACAGCAAGCGAAAGAGAAACUGAAAGGAAGGUAGAGAGGGUGAGAGACGGGCAGUGAGAGAAGCAGUUGAAGUAAACUAGGCAAGACCCCUCUCUAACAAGCAAUUAUGUCUAAAGUAACUACACUGAAGAUUACCCGAGACAACAAGGAAAAGGUGAAUGGCUUCCGAGAUGCUCUUUUCAAUCAGGCACAGAGAUUCCUGAAUGAGUGUCUCCCAAACAAAAUAAAGUACCUGGAUUCCAUAUUGAAGGGCGAACUCUUCAAUGUCCAGGAUCUUACAACACUUCAUGCCGAGCUGAACAUCCCAAUUCCAGAAGCUCCUACUCCUGACAGUGGGGAUUCAUCACCAAUGGAAAUGGACAAAGAAGAAAAAAAAGCUCCUCGCUGUGGUUUCCUGAAAGAGAAUGAAAAACUGCACAAAAUCUUUGGAAUUGUUCAGCCUGAGAUUCGAUCGUUGAGGGAGGGAUGUGCACUGAUUAUCGCCUGGCUGCAUUACCUGAUUCCAAAGAUUGAGGAUGGUAAUGACUUUGGUGUUUCUGUGCAGGAGAAAGUGUUGGAACGUGUGAAUGCUAUAAAGACCAAAGUGGAGACAUCACAGACCAACAUUAUUAAGUACUUUACAGAAAGAGGAGAUGCUGUUGCAAAAGCUUCAAAAGAGACACAUGUGAUGGACUACAGAGCACUGGUCCACGAAAAAGAUGAGGCUGCAUUUGUUGAACUGAGAUUAAUUCUUUUGGAAGUGAGAGGUUUUUAUGUUGAACUCUUUGACAUAAUUCUCAAGAAUUUUGAGAAAAUUGUAAACCCGAAAGGAGAGGAGAAGAAUCCAAUGUAUUGAUCCUGCAACUUCUAGAUUCUAGAGAACUGCCCCCCCCCCCAAAAAAAAAAAAAAAACGACAAAUAAAAAAUAAAAAAACUACACUGGAUGAAAGAAAAAUAAUAAAAGUUGUCGGAGGAUGGACUAACACUGUGCCGCUGAAAUUCUGUGUUUCAUGGUGUAUUUGUCUAUGACACUGUGGUACACUAAACAUUCUUAUCACUAAAAUAUUUUGAUACACAACAGUAGGGACACAUCAUGUGACACAAAUGAUCAGUGAGUCAGAACAUUUUCCUCUGAGUUUCCUCAUGUCAAUGCCUUUACUUUACAAAAUCGGUUAUCUCUCAUUUUUGUUGCUUUUUCAUUUUAUGUCAAAUUCUGAAUAAUCAGUAAAAUGUGACACAACAUUCAUUAAAAACACAAUAAAUAAUAUUUUGGAUCUAA